CAGGCAGUCUAGCUUAGUACCUCAGUCAUGCUUCAUAUGAGCUGCUCACCAAUUCAACAUCCACCAUGAACAGGACAUUAUCGCGCCUACGGUGUCGCGCUCUACACACGAGGCUCAAUCCACUAUUGGCUCGCAGUUUCGCAGAUGUGAAGCGGCCUCCCUCAGCACCAAAACCCAUCGUCGAUAUCAAGCACAUCAGACAACACGCAGAACUUUAUCAGCAGACUUGCGUGGAGCGCAACUAUCGCAACCAGGCGCAAAACCCAGCUAAAAUUCUAGAACUUCAUGCGAGAUGGCAGGAUCUUCAGCGACAGGGUCGUGCUUUGCGGGAGAGGUCGAAUUUGUUGAGGAGGCAGCUUGCGAACCCGGCGACGAGCAGCGAUGAUGAGGAUCUCAAGGAAGUGCGCCAAUUGACCCGUGAACAGAUCCAAGAGGAGGCGCGACAGCUCAAACAGGACCUUUCAGCAAUCGAAAAGGGAGAGUCGCAGGCUGUUACGCAAAUGGAGGAGUUGGCGCUCGAGUUGCCCAAUCUCACUCACCCUGAUACUCCAAAGGGAAGCGAUUUUGAGGUUAUGAGCUACAUCAACGACCCACCCACUUUUACGGAAUCACCUGAGGAUAAAAUCUGGCGAUCUCAUGUUCACAUCGGUUCCGAGCUUGGUAUCUUUGAUUUCGCUGGUGCCGCUACUGCUUCUGGUUGGGGCUGGUACUAUCUUCUUGGUGAGGCUGCUCAACUGGAGCAAGCUUUGGUUCAAUAUGCCCUCGCUGUUGCAACCCGUCAUGGCUGGACACAGGUGUCGCCCCCCAGCAUGGUUUACAGUCACAUUGGAGCUGCCUGUGGAUUCCAGCCCCGUGACCUGAACGGCGAACAACAAGUCUACACUAUCGCCCAGUCAGCCGAAGACGCUGAGCGCGGUGUCCCUGAGAUGUGUCUCACUGGAACAUCCGAGAUUGCUCUUGCAGGAAUGAAGGCCAACACUACGCUCGAUUCCGAAGACCUACCUCUCAAGCGAGUUGCCGUCUCUCGCUGCUAUCGCGCUGAAGCUGGAGCCCGUGGUGCCGACACCAAGGGUCUAUACCGAGUACACGAGUUCACCAAGGUUGAAAUGUUCGCAUGGACAGCCCCAGAUGAGGAUAUCGCUCAGGAACUAUUUGACGAGAUGCUCGACUUGCAGACCGAGAUCCUGUCUUCACUUGGCCUUUACUGCCGUAUUCUCUCUAUGCCCUCCCACGAUCUCGGCGCAUCAGCCACCCGUAAGAUCGACAUGGAGGCUUUCUUCCCCAGCCGUCGCGACAACUGGGGUGAAGUUACAUCAGCAAGUAUGUGCACCGACUACCAAACCCGCCGCCUCGGCACACGAACACGCAUUGAUGGCAAGCUCGCCUUCCCCUGGACUUCCAAUGGUACUGCCCUGGCUGUUCCUCGUGUGAUAGCGGCUAUUCUGGAGAAUGGAUGGGAUGAAGAGGCCAAGACUGUCACAAUUCCUGAGUGCUUGCGGCCAUGGAUGGAUGGCAAAGAAAAGAUUGGUCUUGGGGGUCGUCGUUCGAGCGUGGAUCGCGUGUAAGUUUGAAAUGAGGGAUGAAGCAUGGCUUUGAUUGCGUGCGUGUACGAAUGCAGAAUAUGACGGAGGCAUAAUUGCUAUGAAAUCUUGAUAUCUUAUUUAAUAUGAAACGCAAGGCGUGAUCUAUCUGUUGAAUAUAAAGCACUGUCCUUUAUAGCCUCUACGCAGUCUAUCCUGAGAAGUCUGGAGACAAAUAUGUUAUCACCACAC